AUGCAAUCCAGUCGGACAUCAAUGUUCAGUAAACAUAUGCGUUAUCGAUACAUUUAUCGUUAUACAUGUGUAUUAUUCAUCGUUUUUUCGUCUUUAUGGAUUAUUUUUCAUUGUAAUAAUAAUUGCCAACGAAUUUUAUCCAACGAUGAAUCAUUCGGAACAUAUGAAAUACCAAAUAUUGUACAUUUUAUCACGGGACAAGGUGAUGCAUCAGAAUCAAUUCUUGAUCAAUUUGGUCCACAUCUUGGUUAUCGUCGAUUGGAACGAGCAUCUGGUGAAUUUCAUUUAAUAAAUUAUCUUGUUCUUCUUUCUGCUCGUCAACAAAUCAAACCAAAACAAAUAUAUCUUCAUUAUUCAUUCGAACCAACUGGCUAUUGGUGGUUAAAAGCUAAACAAGAUCGUCAACUAAAUUUAACACUUGUAAAAAUUCCUCCAAUAACAUCAAUUUAUAAUCAUCCAUUGCAUCAUCAUGCACAUCGUAGUGAUAUUGCACGUUUAGAAACUCUUGAUAAAUAUGGUGGAAUUUAUCUUGAUCUUGAUGUUCUUGUUCUUAAAUCAUUUUCAAAAUUGAUAUCAAAUUCAUAUCAAGUUGAAGCUAUAUUUGCUUGGGAAGAUAAACAAUACAAUACAAUAUGUAAUGCUGUUAUUAUUGCACCAAUACAUUCGAAAUUUCUUCGACGUAUUUAUCAAUCCUAUCAAAGUUUUAAUUCAUCAUGUUGGGCUUGUCAUUCAGUAUUUCUAACAGGACAACUAGCGAAUAUAUAUCAAAAUGAAGUUUAUGUUUUACCAUCGAAAGCUUUUUUCACACCAUCUUGGUCUCAUAUUGGUGAAUUAUAUUUAUAUAAUAAAUAUAAUUUUAAAAAUAAUUAUGCAUGUCAUCUAUGGAAUUCUUAUAUAGGAAAAGAAUUUCUACAUAAUUUAACAAUAACUUCAAUAUUAAAACCUACAAGAAUGACGACAUUUAUUCGAAUGAUUCAUCAUGCUGUUGGGAAAGAAAAAUUAAACACUAUUGCGCGAGAAUUUUCUUGA